ACCUGGAAUCUUUAAAUGUGGAAUGUUGGAUGCAGUGAAGUGGCCACACGCGUCAGUAUCGGUGGUCUCACGGUCAUUAUCAGUCUCUUUCUCGGUUAUUUCACUUUAACGUGGCAGAGUCCCGGUGUUACUGCACAAAUCCCGGUUAUGAUGCGAGCUGCCCAGUUUACCCCUGGGGGUCCGGACAAGCUGUACAUUGGAGAUGUACCGGUACCAGUCCCAAAGAAUAACGAGGUGCUAAUAAAGGUGUAUGCAACUGCUGUCAACAGAGCUGACACUUUACAGCGUAAAGGACUCUACCCACUUCCUCCAGGAGCCAGCGAUGUUCUUGGUCUAGAGGCAGUCGGAGUGAUUGAACAAAUAGGGAGCUCGGUAGACGGGGGAUGGAAACUGGGAGACAGAGUGAUGGCGCUUCUGUCAGGAGGCGGUAAUGCCGAAUACGUAGCCAGUCCUGCAGAACAGCUGAUGCCAGUUCCAGACAGUCUGGAUUUUGUGACGGCUGCUGCCAUUCCAGAAGUAUGGCUCACUGCUUAUCAACUGCUACAUACUAUAGGCCAGGUCAAGAAAGGAGACCAUGUCCUCAUACACGGAGGCGGUAGUGGAGUUGGUACCGCAGCCAUUCAGUUGGUAAAGUUAGCGCAUGCAAGGCCGAUAGUUACUGCUGGUAGUGAGGCGAAACUAAAAGUAGCCAGAUCGCUAGGGGCAGUGGCAGGCUUCAACUACAAACAAGAAGAGUUUACCGACAAGGUGCUCAAUGCAACAGAAGGAAAAGGAGUUGAGUUAAUACUUGACUGUGUUGGAGCAUCUUUCUACCAGCAAAACAUCAAGUGCAUAGCUGUAGAUGGAACGUGGGUCGUAUAUGGAUUAUUAGGUGGAGGAUCCAUUAAUGGCGAUAUAUUGAGACAGUUGCUCUUAAAGAGAGUAACUAUUACAGGAACCACUCUUCGAGCCAGAUCUCUGCCGUAUAAAAAAGAACUAGUGAAGAAUUUCACGCAACAGAUCCUGCCACGAUUUGAAUCUGGCGCCCUCAAGACUUUAAUUCAUACUGUGUUACCAUUGGAUAACCUUGCCGAAGCUCACCGUAUGAUGGAAGCUAAUGAAAACACUGGAAAAAUUGUAAUUCAGGUUUCAUCUUCUGAGGACAACCAACAAAAACAAGAACUUUAACAAAUAUAUAAGUUCUUUACACUUAAUGCAUUUAACACAUUGGAUAUAUUCAUUAUUUAUCAAGCGUGUGUGUGAACAUGGGCACGGUGAUUGGUGGGUACGAAUAAACCCAUUUUUGGCAAUGAUUCAGGGAAGAAGGAAGGAAAUGGUUUACUAGUAUUUAACGAUGCACUUAACACAUUUUAUUUACGGUUAUGUGGCGUUUGACAUAUGGUUAAGGACCACACAGAUAUUGAAAGAGGAAACCCGCUGUCG